UACUUGCGGGCGGGGAGUGGUCUGACCUAUAAAGGACGGCUCAUCUUCCUGCUUUCUGCAUUUCUCCUCUGUCCUCUGUUUGCUUCAGACCUGAGACUCUACCUGCACAGGAUGUCGUGGCAGGCCUACAUCGACACCCUGAAGUCGCCGGACCACAGCGGCACGGCUCCGGUCGCCGAGGCGGCCAUCUGCGGCAUCAGCGCCGGCCAGGAGAGCGUGUGGGUCAGCACCACUGGCCUGGCCAACAUCACGGCGGAUGAAAUCAAGAAGCUGGCGAGCAAGGACCGGUCCAGCUUCGCUCAGAACGGCGCCUACAUCGGAGGAACGAGGUGCCGGCUGAUCCGGGACCAGUUGGACGUUGACCCCGUCUUCGCUCUGGACCUGAAGACUGCAGCUGAUGCUGAUGGCAACACGUUUGGAGUCUGUGUUGGAAAGACCAAGACAGCUAUAGUCAUAGUUAAGGGCACCAAAGACGCCAGCGGUGGACAGCUGUCCGCCAAGAUAUUCACCGUCGUCAGCCACCUUCAGAAGGCCGGCAUGUGAAUCCAACAUGGCCGCCUGCCCUCCUCGCCCUUUGACCCCGUCCCUCUGUCCCCCCACCACAUUCUGAGCUUCAGUAGUCUCCGGCGUCCCUCCCCGCCACCAGGGACCAGCGUUUUCCUCCAUGUAACCAGAAUUCAGUGACUGAGCGUGUGAGGCCGCCGGUCAUGUGACCAGCGGCCAUCUUUGUUUCAGACAGGGAGCAGUGUUACAUGUUUCACGUCGUCCACACACCUGAACUAAUAAAGAGAGUUUAUGGACCCUG